AAAAAAGCUGCUGUGGCCAAAUCUUGUAAACAUGAGCAACGAUUAAGCGAUAACGAUGAUAAAAUGAGCUAGAAAAAUUUAUCAAUUUAAUUAUUAGUCGUGGCUGCUAAGCAACAUCCAAAUAAAUAUGUGAAUUUGGGAGCGAGAUUAAUGUAUUAAGAGCUGUCAAAUAAAAAUUAAAUAGGAACGGCGAACUUUGCAGGUUAAUAAAAUGUCGGGUCCUCCAAAAGAAAAAACUAGAGAUGAAAUAGAUAUGAAGCUUUUAAGAGAAUUGGCUGCAUUGCCGUCAAAUAAAUUUUGCUUUGAUUGUGGGCAAAGAGGACCUACUUAUGUUAAUGUUACGAUUGGUUCUUUCGUAUGUUCUUCCUGUGGUGGACUUUUACGUGGUUUAAAUCCUCCUCAUCGCGUUAAAUCAUUAACAGUAUGUUCAUUCACGGAGGUAGAAAUGGACCGCAUUAAAAGCAGAGGAAAUGAGUACUGCACACAUAUAUGGCUUGGAAAAUACGAGGCUAAAAAUGAGAACAUUGAUCUCUCUAGUCCAGACAAACGAAAGGAUUUUAUGACAUUGAAGUACGAGGAAAAAAAAUUUUAUGUUGAUCCAAGAGAAGCAAUUAAAAAAAUGAAACCACGUGCACCAGCUGCUCCAAGUAAUUCUUCUGUUCCAAGAAGUCAAACAGUGAUGCCAAACAUGCAGAUUCAGAGACCAGGAGUCUCUCAAGCAUUCUCUGCUGGAGAUAUUAGCAAUGCCGUCCCAAAUGCAGUCAAGGCUUUUACCAAAGAUCCAUUUCAAGAAAUUAGGAAAGAAAAUGGUGAUGGUGCUUCAUUUGCUGAUUUCAGUAGUGCCUUUGGUAAUACAGGUUCUGCAGAAUUAUCUUCACAGUUGCCUGUGACAAAUGCCUCCUCUUCUAAUAGCCACAAGAAACCUGCCCCUCCACCUCCUGAUCGGUAUGCAGCUCUGGCUGAUUUGGACAAUCAGCUUCAUCAACAGGCUGAUCCACCAAACACUUCUGCGUCCACUCCCUUUUGGGCAACACCUACAGUGCCUCCUGCUGUAUUUGCAACUGGUGUUCAGAAUCCUUUCCAACCUUGGACGCCACAGAAUCCUUUUCAGUUGGUAGCAGGAACAGCAGCAGCAGCACAGCAGCCUUGUAAAACAGCCACAAAUGGCUCUGCCAAUCCCCCGAGCUUACCCAAUGGCAAUAUUGGAGCUGUUUAUUGGCCCCCUUCCUCUUCUUGGGGUGCAGAUUCCUUUUCUAGUAAAAAUGCAGUCAUUGAUAAUUACAAUCCAUGGGCUCAGUCAUUUGGAUCAACAACCAGUGCCAAUCCAUUCGAGAAUGGAACAUCAGUGGGUCAGUCAUCUUCUGCACGGAAUCCGUUUCUAUGAUAAUGCUCAGGUCGAUGAUAACUCUUUCUUCUGUGAUGCUCAAGUGUUUGUGAUCUUUUUAUCUUGCUUGCCAUUAUUAUAUGCUUUUUUGUAAUAUUACUUGUUGUUGAGAAGAUUCUAUUUAUGAACAAAGAAUGAUCUGAAAGUGUGGAAUUUUUAAGCUAAUAUAUUUACUAUACAAUGUGUUCAAUGUUCUCGUACCAUUCCAUCUCCUUUUUUUGUCUCUUUGUCUUUAAAAAUAACAACAACAAAAAGUAUAAUAAUAAUUUUCAAAAUUUUAUGUAAAUUACUUCAAGCUGGUAGUAGCUGAUGGAAUUUCACCAUAAUAAACUACUGGUCUGCGAGUUUUAAAUUUAGUAUCAUUAAUAUAAAAUUAUUUUAAAAGAAAGAACAACAAAGGAUCUGAAAGUAAGGAAUUUUUAAGCUAAUAUAUUUACGAUACAAUGUGUUCAAUGUUGUUUUACCAUUCCAUCUCUUUUUUCUUCUUUUUUUGUCUUUUUAUCUGUAAAAAAAAAAAAAAGAAGAUUGUUACGAUAAUAAUAAUUCUCAAAAUUUUAUGUUGAUUAUAGUGUGGCUUUCAGGAGAACUCCUCCACCCGUCUCGCGUCCUGGCGGGUACUAUGGUUACAGAGAAAGAUCACUUUGAAUAGAGGUGUGGGAUAAAUAGUUUUGUCUUAUAGUGUAGGUCAUCCUGAGUAAAACCAAUCAACACCUUCUCUCCAUCAUUUCACCCCCAUGAGAAAUGUGCUCUUGCUUGCUACUAUAGCAGCAGACAGCCCCAGACUUUCAGUCGGGAGGAGUUCUCCUCAAAGCCGCUCUAUACUUCAAGCUGGUAGUAGCUGAUAGAAUUUCACUAAAAUAAGCACUACUUAUGUGUGAAUUUUGAAAUUUAGUAUCAUUAAUAUAAAAUUAUUUUAAAAGAAAGAUCUGAAAGUGUGGAAUUUUUAAGCUAAUAUAUUAUAUAAUGUGCUCAAUGUUGUUUUACCAUUCCAUCUCUAUCUUUUUUUUUUUUUAUCUUAAAAGAAAUAAAUUGUAACUAUAAUAAUAGUUUUCAAAACUUUAUGUCAAUCACUUCAAGCUGGUAGUAGCUAAUGGAAUUUGACUAAAAUAGUCUCUACUGGUCUGCGAAUUUUUUAAAAUUUAGUGUGAUUAAUAUAAAAUUAUUUUAAAACAUUGUCUUAUGUGAGUGUAAGUUCAAAGUGAUGAGCUCAGGACUGUAUUACCAAAAAAGGAAUUUAAAAUAAUCUUGGUCUGAGAAUACAAUUUUCCUGCAGUCUUUAAUAUAUUUGCACUCUAUAAGUUAAUUUGUAUUGUUAUAAACCAACGAAUUUUAUUUAUGUGAAAUAUUGAAUAUAUUUGGUGAGAAGCACUUCAAAUAAUUUUGCUUUUAAUCAAAAUGAAGUAUUUUAUUGAAUGGCAUUAAUAAUAGUAUGAAUUUUGAUCCUUGACAAAAUGAAAUUAUUUUAAGUAUGUUUAGGAAAUUUUUACAAUUUUAUUGUGCAUGUUGUUCAGCUUUUGUCAUUGUAUGAAAAAAAAAUCAAAACUUUUGUAAUGAACUUUCCUUUUAGAUCAA